CGCGGAGCAUGUGCGUGCUACAGCUCCUCAGCAACAAGAGGGUUCAUUCCUUCCGACGCAUUCGAGAAGAAGAGACGUCGCUGAUGAUUGAGAAGAUCAAGCGAUCUUCGCCGGGGGUUGUGAACUUGAGCAAGGUGUUCAUGGAUCUGACGAACGACGUGGUAUGCAGGGCGGUGCUAGGGAGGACGUACGGCGGCGAGGAUGGAGAGAGGGAUUUUAAUAAGAUAUGGGGGAAGUUUAUUGAGAUGUUGGGGAAAUUUGAUGUGGGAGACUUCGUGCCAUGGUUAGGUUGGAUUAACCGUGUGAAUGGUGUUGAAGAACAAGUUGAAAAUGUUUUUAAAAUGUUAGACGAAUUUUUGGAGGGUGUGCUUCGAGAAUAUAGGACGAAGAAAUUGAGUGAUGAUGCUGUCGUGAAUUUUGUAGAUGCAUUGCUUCAGUUUCAAAGGGAGAGUAAGGAUAGUGAUCCAGUUGAUGAUGAUCAAAUCAAGGCCCUAAUCUUAGACAUGUUUGCGGCCGGAACUGACACGACAUUCACAACGUUAGAGUGGACCAUGGCCGAGCUUAUAAGAAAUCCAAGAUCCAUGAAGCUACUUCAAAAUGAAGUGAGAAAUGUAGCUAGAAAGAAGAAUGGGAUUGAUAUUAAUGAGGAUGACUUAGACAAAAUGUCAUAUCUGAAAGCAGUAUCCAAAGAGAGUCUAAGGAUUCAUCCACCAUUUCCAUUAGCCCUCCCUCGUGAAUUAACUCAAGAAACUAAUUUACUGGGCUACGACAUCCCACAUGGCACACUCGUGUUGGUUAAUUGUUGGGGCAUCUCAAGGGACCCAUCGUUGUGGGAGAAUCCAAAUGAAUUUUGCCUUGAAAGGUUCUUUGAUACGAGCAUAGACUAUAAAGGUUUAGACUUUGAGAUGAUCCCCUUUGGAUCUGGAAGAAGAGGUUGUCCCGGCAUCGCGUUUGCAAUGUCGGUAUACGAGCUUGCACUAUCGAGAUUGGUUAACGAAUUCGACUUUGGAUUGCGAAUGGAGGUAGAGUGGAGGAUUUGGACAUGACUGAAGCCCCUGGCAUUAUUGUCCAUAAGAAAUCUCCUCUACUUCUGGUUCCUACUUCUUGUUGUUAAUCCAUUAGCCCAUGUGUAAGUUGCUGAAAUCUCCUAUGUAAAAUUGUAUCCGAUGUAUAAUUCAUUGAAAUAAAAAUAAGGAUU